UUUCUUAGUUUCUCCCCAUCGCUCAACGGCGCAGGUCUGCUGCGUGUUCGGUGCGUUUUCCGUGCGUGCGUUUUCACCGUGCUGUUUUCGCGGUUUUGUCGAAGCUUUACCUGUACUCUUUUCAGAGGCCGGAGUGUGUGUUUGUGUUAAGGUGCUCUGGAGGUUAGUGAAAACUGUUCACGAAAAGUUUCACGUGUGUUAUCAGUGUGAAAUAGGUAUUCAAUUCUUCAUCGUACAGCCGAGGUGAGAAGCUUUUGCUGGCUACACAACUCAGAAAACUGAUUUGCAGCGAAACUUCGGGAAAACGUAACGUCGGUUGUGCAGAUGCAGUUCCGGCAUCGAUUCACGCUUCACUGUGUUUAUGUGUAGUUGUUUCCUCCGGUGUGGCAUACGUACAUACAUAUAUUGGUGAGUGAAUUUUGCAAGUAAUCAAUUAUUCUGCUCUUGAGCACACAAAAAAAAGAAUCGCGAUAACGAGCAGAGUGCAGUGUAGGAAAGCAGUGAAGUGAGCACAAAAAAAGAGUAUAUCUAUACACCAAUCACUCAAUCAAAUUCAAAGUGUAAAAGCGGAAGCACCGGAAGCUUGAUAGUUGCAUGGGCCGUGUGCUUGUGAGUCAAAUCCACUGAGCAAGUCAACCGGCGCAAGAAAGAAGCUUUCCCGUUCAUUACACCGGUGUGUUGGUGUGGAGCUAAUGUAUGUGUGUGUGUGUGUGUUUGUGAAUAUAUUGGCGUUGGAUGAAAAUUAAACCUUUUGCUAACGCGUACACGUGUCCGGGAGUGAAAAGCGGGAAGUGGAAAAUUCAGUGACCGGAACGUCAGGGAAGUUGCAAACGCAAUUGUGGUGCCGGAAGGGAAGAACGUGUGUGCGUGUGUGUGUGGGGAGUGAAGGGUGGCAAUAAACCGAACGGUUCUUCCGUUCCUGAGUGAUUUCGUGCAUCGGAGUGCGUAUACCUCAAAAGUGGUUUCAGCUGGUGUGUGCAUGGUGCAUUACUACAUGCCUCUUCUGUGGUGAUUGAGGUUUUGAGAAAUUCAAAAAGGGAAAGCAAAUUUGGCAACGGUUAAGGUCCACCACUUUUAGCCAAUCUUUUCCUCGCUAUAUCGCGAUAUCGGUGCUUAUGGUUAAAAAGUCAUUUCUCCGAGCUCCGACCGAUCCUAGAUACAAUCUCCAGUCCUCGCACGAAAAAUACCGGAACCCGUUGGGCAGUCUGUCGGUGAACCUCGUGUGAGGGUGGUCGAUUUAAAUGCCACCACAGAUACUGCCAAUACUGGGAAGUGGCAGUGGUAGUACCGGCUCGAAAAUGCAGUCCCGUGAUCAUCCGUUUAACAGGUCCACUAGACCGCUGCUGGAACGACGCGCGCAGCCUCAGGUUGUGAGUACCAAGAAGCAGUUCCCGUACGGUGUUGGUUCCGGUGCGGCAGCCCAGCAGCAACCAAAGCCGACACGUGGAUACAACGACUUUAACCUGAUCACCCGCCAGUACGAAACGUGGAACUCGAACCAUUCGCACCGUGGCUACCCGUACGGUAGCCCACCGUCGCCGACCCACGACGUUGGGCACGACUUUCAGUUUUCGGAUAUUGAGCCUAACCGGGCCCAACAUCACCAGCGCACCGUGCACCAGUACACGGUGAACAGCAACAACAGCGAUGACGACGACGACUACGACGAGCUGGUGUACCAUCACAAUCAGCUUAAUGCGGCCGGUAAUGGAGUUGGGCUGAAGGUGGCAAAUCAGCAACUUCGCCGGCGGCUGCUUGAUGCCGCUUCACCCACACCUCCCGCACCGCCGCAACGGAUGGUGCACAAGACACCACCGCCACCGCCCCGCCGUACCGAGUCACCUCCAACCGGUGGUGGACCGGCCGAUCUGGACGGACCGUUCGUGUUCGGUGUACAUCACCCGAACACCUUCACACCAGCCUACGGCAAUAAGGCGACACUGUACGGGACGGCUGGCACGACCAUUGGCGGCAAGGAUGCAAAGGAUGCGCUUCACUCCAGCCCUGAAUCGAACCAGCACAGCAGCGAUAUCAGCACGAGCGAGAAAUCACGGCGCGCUUUGGUGAAGGAGAAGAAAAACUCGAAACGAUCGAAAAUCGAUAAAAAGGACAAAACGAAACAAAAGCUUGAAAAACGAACGUCCGACGUGAACGAGGCGCCGAACGUGAAGUGUGUCCUCGUGGGAGACGGUGCUGUCGGUAAAACUAACCUCAUACUCACGUACAUCCAGGACCGGUUCACACACGAAUACGUACCGACGGCAUUCGACAAAUACAAUGUGGACGUCAGCGUGGAUGGACGACCGAUCGGUGUGACGCUCUGCGAUACGGCCGGCCAGGAUGCGCUCGACACGCUGCGGCAGCUUUGCUAUCCCGGGUCCGACGUUAUCCUGCUCUGCUUCUCCGUCGUCCAGCCGGACAGCUUUCGAUCGCUGGCCACCAAAUGGCAGCCGGAAAUCAGCAAGCUGAAGGGUGUCUCGGUGGUGCUUGUCGGUACGCAGUCCGAUCUACGGAAUGAUCAGGGGACGAUCAGCAAGCUGCAGGCACAAGGAGAGAAACCGAUCCUGUUCUCAUCAGCCUGGGACUUUGCCCGGAAGAUAGGCGCUAAAUACAUUGAAACAUCGUCACACAAGAAGGAACACAUCAAGGAGGUAUUCGAUACAGCCAUCUGGGACGCACUGCAAUCACAGGAGCACAGCAAACGGAGGCGACCGCUCUGGAAGCGAUUGUGCUGCUUAACGUGCUGACCGAGCUGCGUACAGAGUGUAGCACAACACAAAUCAAUAUAAACUGAAGACUGUCAAUUCCUAUGCGUAGUGAGUGGUUCGCGAGCUUACGCUCCAGCGCAACUCAAGCAGCAGUAGUAAUAAGAAGCCCUACGUGUAGGCAGCGUGUAUUGUAGCACUGUCAUCAGGACAUCAUCAUUGCAUCCUGCAGGCUUGCCUAAAAUCACAACAAUCAAUAGCUUUGCGUUAGCGGUUAAGUGUAUCUAUUACGUGCAUUGUAUAUUAGACGCGUUACAGUUGAGGAAGAGACAUGAAUAGUGAGAUAUUAGGUUAAGGAGGAAGAAAGCGAUCCAGGUAUUAAGAUUUGCACAUCACGAAUCAGUAUGUUGGGGGCUGCGUUUUGUUGAGCUAGAGAAGAUAUUUAAUCAAAAACGGUUGCCGUUCCCCGAAACGGUGACUCGGAAUGGAAGAUUCCCAGGCUAAGGUUAAUGGAGGGUUUAAUGCGUUACUGAGCGCGAAACACGAUGCUGCUUAUUGGCCAGGGUGAAACGAUCUGUUCACAUCUGUCCACACAAAACGCAAAACAUAUGCUCGGUUUGGAAACGGCAGCUUAUUAGCAUGCGAAGCUAAGCAGAGUAGUAUUAUGCCGACAGAAGAAGACAUACCGAAUAAUACUGUCAACACCGAUCGACCAGAACGGGAGACCGGUUAAUGAACAACAUGAACAAUGACAUGACCUUGCGCAUA